UUCUACUCGUAAUCCAAUAUCCAAAUGCGUUUAUGUAGGGUUUGGGUGCAUGAGAUGGAGGCGAGUGAGCAAUGGCAUAACAUAAGAAUGGAAUGUUGGUUUGAGCGGCUUCCCAUGGUUGAGUUCCUCAUCCAAUGUGCUCAAUUUUGUUUUGUGUGAUUAAUGGUAGCACCUCCAAGUUCCCCCCAUUGUUAAGUACUCCGCAUUGUCCUUGUUCGCUGAUCGCUUCUUUCCCUCUCUACCUCCGUGCGUACUUCUCUCUCUCUCUCUUUUUCUAUAUAUAUCGUUCCAUUCUUUGGUUUUCUCAAUUCAUUUAUGCCCUGCCUCCUACGAAACCAAGCUUCCUAAAAGGUGGAAAUUCAUCAAGCUGGCUAUUGCGUCCCCUCACAGAGAGCACCUUCCACCUGUUUGUGCUUAUUUCCCUAUGGAUUUCAACCAAAAUACACGAUUCUCAACCACUUUCCGUUGCAUGUUUCAAGUUCUUGGCUGAUAAAAACAUCAAGGAACAACACUUUACGACUCGAAAUUUCCUCGAAGCAGAGGUGCUUUUCAUGCAGGUUUUGGAUUUUGAGAUUGGCACAACAAAUAUUGCCUUUUUGUUUCUCGAAGAUCUUUGGGUUCAGUUCAAGGGAGUGGCAAAAGUUGGCGAAUUGAUUAGCAUUGAAGCUUGCAUGGAAAUUAUGGAUCUUCUUUAUGAAAAGGAGGAGAUGUCGGUUCUUUUCAGGUCUCCUCAUUCCAUUGCUGCAGCAAUCUUGGUUGUGUCAUAUGUAAUAACAGUCCCAAAACAGAAAUGGGAAUUUCCAGUUCUUGCAUGGGUAAAUUUUGUGACCUCGUGUAAGGAAGAUGAUAUGAUUAAAAUGGUGACAGUGAUUCUCAAGCAUGUGCUUGAACCUUGUUGAAUACGAGUAGGUGGCUGCAAAAGAAAUUAGACAUUCAGAAUUGUGAAAGCGUUUGAGGAUAAAUAUGUUACCUUAUCAAAGAAAUGUCUUCACCAAUUCAAAAAAAUUGAAGAAAUCAUACUCUUCUAUUCACCCAAACAGUCGUCGAGGGCAUCGUGUUACUGGUAACCAGCUAUUUAGCUUCAAUUACUUGCAAAUCGGUUCUAUCUUCCUUGAGAAUCAUCCUCAUUGAUUCAUCAGUAACGUAAACAGAAAGCUACUAUAUAAUGUAUGUCAUACUACCGCUACAUAACAUUUAUUCAGUAUCACUACAUACAAAAAGAAAUAAUGAAAGCCUAUUUUUCCA